AUGUCUCAUGAUGCUUCCCAGGAGUUUUCGGGGCUCAUAAAACUAAAGCCGUCAUCAAAGCUUCUCCUGGAUGACCCGAAGCGCGUUCAGAAAGUGCUUGACAGAGGAGACGCAUUCAGGUUGAAGAGGGAGAGGAAACGGCAAGCGGUUCCUCGGGUGAGCGGGUCUAAUGGGCAGAUGAAUGAGGACUCCGAUGAUGACGAUAUAGUCGAACAACUUGGUCUACAACUUGACGAGGCGAAGACCUCGAAUGCCUUAGAGCCAGAGAAGCGAUUCAUCCCACAACCUCAGUUCGACAGAAUCCUGACUUUCGAGUCGGUUUACGGGUCGAAGGGUCCUGCCCUCAAACUGUUGGCGGUCCUGGUGGGCAUUGAAAAGGUGGAGGACUUUGCCAAACACUUCAAGGAUGGAGUGAGAGAUAGCUGUUUGCCGCUUCAGCCAACCGGUGCCACCAAAGACCAAUUCCUCAAGUGUCGAAAACACGGAAUGCACAGCACUAUCAACAGUUAUCUUCGUCCCAAUAUCCGCGAAAACUUUUCGAAAUGGUCUCAUACAUUGAACGCGCCGUUCAUCAAAUGGGAGCCGUCAUUGCAUUCACAUUACGUUUUGGAAACCGGGGACAUUAUUCCUGUGGAGAUCAUCGACAAAGUCACACAGGAUGACAGCUCGGAGACCACGCAAAAGGAUGCUCCUUCUGGUGGAGGUAAUACUUACGGAGGUUUCAGUGAAGUCUAUAAAGUCAAGAUUCAUGAUGGUCAUUGGGACUUUGGGGACCAUGGAAUCCGACACCCUCAAGAGUUCUUUGCCUUGAAAAAGCUGACGUCCCACAACCGAAACAGCUUCGACUUGGAGCUGUCUUCCUUGUUGUUCACUGGACAGAACUAUAAGAAGAAGCAUCUCAUCCAGUUGCUAGCAACAUUCGAGGUCGUGAACCCCGCUGCUGGAGGACUUUCAACCUACUACCUAUUGUUCGACUGGGCUGAGGGCGAUCUAAGCAAGUUCUGGCAAAGUAACGAAGGUCUCGUCGGGAAGAAAAGUCAUUGUCUCUGGAUGGCUGAGCAGUUUCAUGAGAUCUCCGAAGCUCUACAGUGUGUUCACAACGAUCGAGCCCCAACCAUGCGGUAUUUGGAAGAUCGCGACUCAAAUGAAGACCUAUAUGGAAGACACGGUGAUAUUAAACCAGGAAACUUUCUAUGGUUUCACUCCAAUAGCUUCCCGGGCCUCUUGGCGUUAUCGGACUUUGGCUUGGGAAGACUGCAUACCCAAGUAUCCCGGUCCAAGCAAGACCCAAGGAACAUUGAAAGAUCAGCAUCUUAUCGUUGCCCUGAGUUCGACCUGCCGUUUGGCCAAGUUUCCCCCAGGUCCGACAUCUUCAGUCUUGGCUGCGUUUUGUUGGAGUAUGUCACCUGGUUCUUUCUUGGAUUCGACGCUGUCGAAAACGUCUUCCCAUCUAAAAGACUAUCGAACGAUAUCUACGGUUUCGAUUCCGAUAUCUUCUUCUCGGUUAAGGAUAAACGGGCGCACAUCAAGCCAUCAGUUUUGUCCUGGAUUCACGAGCUGCAACACCGCCCCGACUGUUCAUGGUAUCUCUGGGACCUGUUGGAAUUGAUCAAGAACGGGAUGCUCGAGCCCAAUUCGGACAAUCGCAUACGUGCCAACCAGCUCACAAAGAGAAUGCACGAGUUACUGAAGGCUUGCGAGGCUGAAGAGGACUACUAUCUUAAAUCACGAUGGCUGAAGUAA